AUGAAGUUAGCCUGGGCAACCUCGCUCCUCCUACUCGGCUCCACCGGUGUCACUUCCUUGUCGAUUCCCCGCUUCGACAUCAGUCUACGUGAUACUAUUCUCCCAGCCGACCAUGAAUACAUCGAUCUAGAAAAGCGACGCGGCGGCGGAGGAGGAGGAGGUGGUAGUCGCGGUGGCUCCAGUUCCAGUUCCAGCUCUAGUUCCAGCUCUGGUGGCAGCAGUGGUGGUCGAUCAGGUAGCAGCUCCGGUGGUUCCAGUGGUUCCAGUGGCAGCGGUGGCAGCAGGGGAAGCACUGGCAGUACCAGUUCUGGCAGCAAUCGAGGCGGCUCUUCCAGCGGUGGCUCGGGCGUCUCUCCGUCCUAUGGCGGUGGAAGCGUCGGUCAUUCUAGUGGUGGCCAUUCCUCCGGUUCAACUUCCUCUCAAGGCGGCUCUCGUGGUGGUUCUCGUGGCUCUGGCUCUCCUCCCUCACACGCAGGAUACUAUGCCGGCGGCGCACGCACUCCCUACUCAGCCGGUCGAGCCUCACCUCUAGGAAUAACCCCAUUCCUCCUACCCGUAGCAGCACUAGCCUUCUUCCCAGGAGUCUGGCUAUACGGUGCCUACGCGUAUCCCUACUCACACCCAUACCACUACGUCAACCACACCAGCAACCACAACGACACCAUCCCCGUGGUCUGCCUGUGCCAGGAAAAACAGGAGUGCGGAUGCGACGAUAACAACAACAGCACCUACUAUGAGUCCCUCUUCAACGGCACCGAGCCGAAGAACACUACCAACGCGCGCGUUGUGACUGUCAACGGUACCGAGAAGAUUUAUAUUAACGGUACUCUUGCCAACGGAACUACUGCGGAUGAUGGGACUUCGAGUUCGUCGGGGGCUUCGCCCGUGGUUAUGACCCUUAUGCACGCGAGUGGAUACUGGUUGACUUUUGCCGUUGUGGCUGCUACUGUUUCGAUGAUCUAA